UCUCAUUUUCUAUUAUGGUUUGUGCAAAGGUUAAACGCGCUCAUCAACAAAAGAGUGGGAGUGCACAAAAGAAAGAUAUGCUUUUCUCAUCCCAACUUAUGCUUUUCUUUAGCCUAAAUAUGGCCACGGGAUUUUUUCUCCAAUAAUAUUUUCUCAUGUUGUGUAUUUACAGAUGGCCAGCUUAAACUCCCAUCUUCCUAAGUCGUCCAUGCUGAAGGCCAUAGACGUGUGGCUGAAUGGUUGCCUGACCUUCGUUUUCUCAGCAUUCCUGGAGUAUGCUAUGGUCAGUGUCCAGAUAGCGAGUACCGAGAAAAGAAAAAUUGACAAGAUUGAGACAGAAGAAAGUGAAUGUAGACACAGUUAUGAGGAACACCAAGUCACAAGAAGGGCGAUGCUUCCUCACGAUGUUGAAAAGAUUUCCCGAGUGAUAUUUCCAGUUGCGUUUGGUCUCUUCAACUUGAUGUAUUGGGUCUACUAUAUGGUGAUAGCGCCCGCAAACCGUGGGUGAGAUUUGAAUACUUUACCACUGCUAACAAGCAGAUGAUCUAGAGACAGACAUCGCGGUGCUUUCAAGUGCUCGAUCUUUAUCAAGACACACCACACGCUCAUAUAUAGACUUCAUAUUCAUGGUCUAGAACGUCUACUAUUUGCUAUAGAACUCUACCUUCGAUUCCCACCUUAUGGACAGCGGGAUUUCAAGUCAAAAUCGACCUUGUUCUUACCCAUCAGUUGACAUCCUCAGCCCGGCAGAAGGUUCACUUUGCACCUAUACAGUGAAGGAGACAAGACUCUGAUUAUCCAUUAUUCUUUCACAUUUACCCUAGCACUUUCAAUUUGAUUCGGUAACGCUCAGAACAGUGGAAAAGAAUCCCCGAACUUUCCAUCGUGUUUAGGGGCCAUCUCAAAAGUCUGCAAAUCAAAGUUCGUAAACACGGUGCACGAACGAUACACCCCCC